AUGCUAGCCAUCCGUUCCAUAUGGAUCAUCGCCUCUUUGGCUCUGAGCACCGCGCUCCUUUCGUCUGCCCAGCAGACUCUCAGCAGCGGCGUCCAAGCCGAAUACGACAGCAUCUGCCAGGAUCAAGCAGCCCAAAACGGGAUCGAAGACCCAGGCAAUUGGGUGUGGUCCGACGACGAAGAAUACUGUGUCCCAAACGCCUUGGACUCCAAUUCUCCAGAUGACGUCCAAGCCAUCGAAUCUGGCGUCGAAUCCGGCGUUGAGAACGGUAUUGGCGCUGUCGAGCAAGGUGUCGGCGACGUUGCGUCCGGCGUCGGCAGCGUCGCCGGCUCUCUCGGUCUGCGCUCCGCCAAAUUCGCGCGUGCGCUCGAGGCCCCGCAGGCAUGCGACGAGGGCAUGUCGACGUGCCUGCAGAACUGCGGCGACUUCAACCCGGGGAGUUACCAGGACGGCCAGUCGGGCGCGUGGGCCGGGUGUCGCGCGUCAUGCAGCUUCCGCUGCAGUCCCGCUAGGGGUGGGUGCUGGAAGGGGUACUGCUGGGCUGGGUGCUCUACUGGGUUCCCGCUUACUGAAGGCGCGGAGUGGUGCUACACCACCCAGAGCUACAGCCAGAGCUACCAGUACGUGCGCUGCAGCGAUGCAUCGCAGUGCAACAAGAACUGGAAGUGUGGAGGACCGUGCGCGGCGUUCUGA